AUGAUUCAGUUUUUGAAAAAUCUGCAGCUGCACAAGAAGAAGGACAGUGGAAGCACUAAAGAGUCGAAGAGGGAAAAUAAAAUGAAAUAUGAGGACUUCAAUUUCAUUCGAACUCUUGGCACAGGUUCCUUCGGAAGAGUGAUUCUCGCGAGGUACAAGAAUGAGGACUUCCCCCCAGUGGCUAUCAAGCGAUUUGAGAAAAGCAAAAUCAUCAAGCAGAAACAAGUAGACCAUGUCUUCUCCGAGAGGAAAAUCCUCAACUACAUCAACCACCCGUUCUGUGUCAAUUUGUAUGGGUCAUUCAAGGACGAGUCCUACCUGUACCUUGUGUUGGAGUUUGUAAUUGGGGGCGAGUUUUUUACUUUCCUCAGAAGAAACAAGCGCUUCCCUAAUGACGUGGGGUGCUUUUACGCGGCGCAGAUCGUGUUGAUAUUUGAGUACCUCCAAAGUUUAAAUAUAGUUUACAGAGACUUGAAGCCAGAAAACUUACUGCUCGACAAGGAUGGGUUCAUAAAAAUGACUGACUUUGGAUUCGCAAAAGUUGUGGACACGCGCACGUAUACCCUGUGCGGGACCCCUGAGUACAUUGCGCCGGAGAUCCUCCUCAACAUCGGGCACGGCAAAGCGGCAGACUGGUGGACCCUAGGAAUCUUCAUUUAUGAAAUCCUGGUGGGGUGUCCCCCUUUCUACGCAAAUGAGCCCUUGUUGAUUUACCAGAAAAUUCUGGAGGGCAUAAUAUACUUCCCUAAAUUCUUAGACACGAAUUGCAAGCAUCUCAUGAAGAAACUUUUGUCCCAUGACUUAACCAAGCGAUACGGAAACCUCAAGAAGGGUGCUCAGAAUGUGAAGGAGCACCCGUGGUUUGGUAACAUCGACUGGGUUAGCUUGCUGCACAAAAAUGUAGACGUGCCUUACAAGCCAAAGUACAAGAAUGUUUUCGACUCCUCCAACUUUGAGAGGGUUCAGGAGGACUUAACCAUUGCGGAUAAAAUUACAAACGAGAACGACCCCUUCUUUGACUGGUAG